AUGCCACAAGUGAGAGCCCGUGAACCAGAGCCUGAAGGUGAACCUUCGGGGGAGGAAGAAGUGGUUAUCGGUGGCAUGGACAGCCAGAAUGGAGCCGAUGGUGUGCUUCGUGUGAAGUGGACGGCAGGAAGCCUUGCUAAAGCCUGGGAAGAGAAUAACGUCUUGAGGGCCAGGGGUCGAGCCUCUCAUUCCAUUACAAAAUGGGCCGAUGCGAAGAGCAAGGGCAUCGCCAGCAUGACUUCGAUCAUGCACAAUGCUGAUGCCUUGUAUCUUCUGGCAAAGCUUUGGUGCCCAUUGGUUCCGGUGGCGAAGGCGCCGUCAGUGAACCUUGUUCGGAGUGAGCUCCGGUCCUGGCGCCAGGAGAUGCAGCUCCAGGAUGAUGCGGUGAUUUUGCAUCUUGAUUCCUGGGGAUUGCGAAGGCUUUUUUCUCUCGUCAUCCGGCGGCGAGGUGCAAGCAGGAAGCGCCGUGACAGCAUGACAGAGGCCCUUUUCGAGAUUGUGUGCCGCUAUUGGGGGAAUGGCCUUGAUGUGAAUGAAGCUGAGCCUGAAGGAGAAGACGGGCAGGUGCCACCAGCAGCUGAGGUGGAUGAGUAUCCGAACCCCGAGGAGUUGUCUGAGGAUGAUUCAGACAACUCGUGGAGAAUCGAGAUUGAGCAGCCGAAGCUCGAAGAUGUGGCAGGUGAUGACGAGGCUUUGGAUGGUGAAGAUGCCACCAUCUUUUAUGAGCCUGACAAUCUUCAGUUGAUGGAUGACAUGGAGCUCCAGGAUAUGGAGGCCAAUCUACUUGAGCAACUUCGUGCUCUAAGGAUUGGAUCAUUCAACCCGGACAAUGUUGAGACGCAGGUGGACAUCCCCACCCCAUCUACCCUGCCACAUGCCAGAUCCUUCUUUGAAAGGAACGAUGACCUGGAGACCAGCCCCCCUUCAGUGAUCACCCCAUCGCCCAAGAACUUGCUUCCAUCAUUGCACGAUGUGGAAACCCCCGAAAAAGCCCUUCCACCCCAGGAGGUGGAAGUGGCUGCAGCCAGCAAAGACCCUCCGCCCCAGGAGGCAGAGGCCGCUGAGCCUGAUCCUGAGGAUUUUCUCCUGGAGUUUCAAGGCCAUGCCAGCCGCAAGGACCAAACGGCUAUCAAGCGCGAGAACAAGAAGAAGGCAGCUGAAAAAGCAGCGAAGAAGGCCGAAGAUGCGGCAACCAACAAGAAGCACGUCGAGCAGGGCGUUGGUCGUGGCAAGGGCACCAAAGGUGGCAAGAGUGCCCCCUUUGUGGCUGAGAGCUCGGAUGAGCCUCUCAGGAAGAGGUCCAAGCAUGAGGACGAUUGGGAGAGCCUCGACGGGCUUUGGCAGCACCAUGAUGUGGCGAGCGAUCAGUGGUGGCAGUGGAAUCCUGAGCAGUGGACUUGGGAGCCCAUGGUCGGUGACACAAAGGCUGAGGAGAAGGAUGAUGAUGAAGAGGAGAAGCAGGAUGAGGAGGAGGAGGAGGUUGAAAGGGAGACCUGCUUCGCCCGCCGGCCUCCUCCAAAGACCAAAAAAUGCUACGAGCGAUGGUCGGCGAUCAGAGAUGCCUUCGAUCAGCAUGUCACCCCACUGGUGAGAUUCCCCAGCAAGUACCAGGACCCUUUCUGGAAAGCUGCCACGAAGUACUUCAAGGAGCGAGCUGACGACUUGCAGGAUGGGUCUGCAGAUUUCCUUAGCUUAGCACAGAAAGCUGCGAAGCGCUUUGCAAAGACUCUUCCUCAGUGA